AUGAACUACUGCGUGGCCGACAUGUUCGAGAGCCCCUAUUCUGCAGGAUCUGGCUUCUCUCUCCAGGCCCCUUUAGAACCGUGCAUGUUCUCCAGUCAGAGGCAGGGGUUCGGACACUGUGACACCCAGACUCUGCACCACCAUCCCCCCUGUGUGGAGCAGACAUGGCCCCCCUCCCAGCACUACUCCUGCUCGUACCAUGGCAACCAACCACUCUUUAGAAACCAAUUUCAUUGUGUGGACAGUGCGUUUAGUCAUUAUCAUCCACCUGAAUAUUUCCCUGAGAUUAAACCAUAUUUUUCACAUUGGACUCACAGCUCAAGCAAGAAAGGGUACAUACCGAGUUACCUAGACAAGGAUGAGUUAUGUGUUGUGUGCGGGGACAAAGCCACAGGAUACCACUAUCGCUGUAUCACAUGUGAGGGGUGCAAGGGUUUCUUCAGGCGCACCAUUCAAAAGAACCUUAACCCAACCUACGCCUGUAAGUUUGAGGGCAAAUGUGCCAUCGACAAAGUGACCCGCAACCAGUGCCAGGAAUGUCGCUUCAAGAAGUGCAUCGCGGUGGGCAUGGCCACAGACUUGGUGCUGGAUGACAGCAAGAGGCUCGCCAAGAGGAAGCUGAUUGAAGAGAAUCGGGUUAAGAGGAAAAGGGAGGAGCUUCAGAAGACGGUGUUUGACCGACUGGAGCCCACUCAGGAGGAGUGGGAGCUCAUCCGCAUGGUGACCGAGGCCCACAUGGCCACCAACGCACAAGGCAACCACUGGAAACAGAAACGCAAGUUCCUGGUCGAGGAAGCUAUGCUUCUAAAUGAAAUAACAUGUAAUUUAUUCUAUACUCCUGACCAGAGUGCAGCAGGGGUGAAGGACGAUAAGCCAGAGGAUAUUGGUCAUGCGUCGAUGGUAAAUCCUCCUGAGGGAAACAAAGUGGACAUAGAAGCCUUCAGUCAGUUUACAAAAAUAAUCACCCCUGCCAUAACCCGAGUGGUGGACUUUGCCAAAAAACUGCCUAUGUUCUGUGAGCUGCCUUGUGAAGACCAGAUCAUCCUGUUGAAAGGGUGCUGCAUGGAGAUCAUGUCUCUGCGAGCGGCCGUGCGGUACGACCCGGAGAGUGAGACGCUGACGCUGAACGGCGAGAUGGCGGUGACGCGGGGCCAGCUAAAGAACGGCGGGCUGGGUGUGGUGUCAGAUGCCAUCUUUGACCUGGGCGUGUCCCUCUCCUCCUUCAACCUGGACGACUCGGAGGUGGCUCUGCUGCAGGCCGUCAUCCUCCUCUCGUCGGAUCGACCGGGCCUGAGCAGCACUGACCGGAUCGAGCGCUGUCAGGAGGAGUUCCUCCUGGCCUUCGAACAUUACAUCAACUACCGCAAACAUAAACUGGCCCACUUCUGGCCCAAGCUGCUAAUGAAGGUGACAGACUUGCGCAUGAUCGGUGCCUGCCACGCCUCGCGCUUCCUCCACAUGAAAGUGGAGUGUCCCAACGAGCUGUUCCCCCCUCUGUUCCUGGAGGUGUUUGAAGACUGACCAGCAGGGGGCGCUGGCCUGGCCUUUGUGUGUGUGUGCAUGUGUCUGUCUGUACGGAUGGAACCAGCAAACCGCCCCAACUCUCCACUCUGAGCACUACUGACUUCAUUCCGUAGAGUAGAGGAGUAGCUCUCUGGUCAACCAACCAUUCCCUACAGAGCGGGUACAUGUGAAUAGCACUUGUUUUGUCGUCUUUUUGUUUUACCGGUUUGUUUUUCGUUAUUGCAGAUAUAACCUCUCACACCUCGGAUUUGAAAAUAGUUUUUUUUGUGCGUCCAUGAUUGUACAGUCGGUGUAUUUUUUGGUGAUUUUUAGACACAUACUAGAAACCAUGCAAUUUCGAUUUUAAAAUGGCUGCUCAAGUUACUAAUUUCUAGCAACCAAAUCUCUUUCCCGCCUGCUUACUGUUGGUUAAUAACCGUUACAUAUACUACAACUCUGUGAAUGCAAAUUUGAUGUCGUUUCGCACCAGUACAAUGUAUCCUCGGAAACCAGUCAACCCUCACUUAAGCCUCAGUACAGUAAUACACAGGUCACUAUGGAUCUCAAAAUUAAAUGUUCAAAGUUAGACAGUCCGUUAUCAAUGCGCAUGUUAGAUUCUGUUCAAUGCAUGCACUGUUAACACUACAUAACCGUACAAUUCUCAACAAAUGAACCAAGCCUCAUUGACUCGUAACUAUGGACUUGAUUGAAUGUUGUGUCCAAAUUCACUUGUUCCUACAUUAGACUAUUUCUGUUGUGGUAUCUUUGAACAUUCAUUUUUUGCUCAGCUAAGUUUCAUUGAUGGUUUGCUCUCAUCCAGGAUUGCUACUGGAAAUCAUCUCCAUACACAUUAGAAAAGGGAUAAGAUACAAGAUUCUGUCACCCAGAACAAGAUUUUAACAUAAGUUGUAAAAUAUAAAUUAUGCAAUUCAUUUUUUUUUUUAAUGUAAUCUUUUUUGCUGCCAUUCUAGUUCUACUUUUUGGAACAUUAAGAGAUGUAACUCACCAACAUGCAACCCUAUUUUAUCCAAUCCAAAAAGAAAAUCUCAUCUUCACACGUGCAGAAUCUUGGUAAUUUUAAUCACCUUGUCCCAUCCCUAAUACGUAUAAUACUGUCUUGUGUUAUAAUAUAAAAAAAAGAAGGAAAAAAAAAACGUUCUUCACAACAUCCUCAUAUCCCUCUUUGCCUCAUGCCCGGCAGCUUAAAGUUUUCAUUUUACCCAUUUUCACUCUCCCUCUGUUAUUCCUCGUGGCUAUGAAAUCAUAAGUACUCCUCAUUAUGUCCAAAGAGAACUUUAACUUAAACUUUGCUACCUCCAGCUCUUCCUGCUGUCUGCCCCACUCUCUGAACCAUGGAGCUACAAUUAGACCCAACCACUCGCCAUAGCUUAGUCAAAUAUGUACAGUAUAUAAGUCAUUUUAAAGGUGCACUGUCACUUUUCUGGUGUGGAGUCCAGCAACUAUUUGUCUUCAUGGAGAAUUCUAUAGAAUUAAAUGUAUCUACCGUAUUUUCCAGACUAUAAGUCGCAACAGCCAAAAAAUGCAUAAUGAAGGAGUAAAAAACAUAUAUAAGUUGCACCGCACUAUAAUUCACACUUUUUGGGGAAAUGUAUUUCAUAAAAUCAGAGACCAGGAACCGGCAUUUCGUCUUGAAAGGCAAGUUAUAGUAAUAACAGAAUAGAGAACAACGGGCUGAAUAGGCAUUAAUAUGUUAACAUAACAUAUUAACAGUUAUUCAGAUAAUUUUAGCAUAAACAACAGAACAUAAGUUUACCAAACUCAGUCUCACUCCAAAUCACUAAAUCCAUUGAAUUCUUCGUCCUCGGUGUCACUUCUGCGCAACUCCAUGACUUCCGGAGAUAAACAAUAGAUCCAUGACAUAAACGGAGCACCCCUUCCUCUUCCGUGUAGCUGUCGUCAGACUCAGCAUCAGUUCCUGUUAGAAUUAUUGUGGCCUUUCUGAAUCCCGACAGGAUGGUUUCGGUUGUCACUGAAGUUCAGGCUUUUUGUCAGUUCAUCCAAUGACUUCCAAGAAAGUUACAUGGCGCUCCUGUCUGGUUCCUGUGAAGCUGUGUUCUCCAUCCCCGCUUUCCAAAAAAAAAAAAAAAAAGUGCGAAUUAUAGUCCGAAAAAUACGGUAUAUUGAAUUCAAUUAAAAUAAAAAAUAAGUUUCUAUUGAUCCAAAGUACACUGAAAAAUCAGCAUUAUCACUGUGAGAGGGAUUAUCGGCUCAGUAUCCACAGAUCUGGCCUGUAAUGUCGCCUGGAAAUGCCACCUGCUCGUUUCCGUAGAGACAGAUACAUUUGCUCCCUCCACCAGAAAAGUUACAUACCUCUUAACGAAUAACAAGUAAUGUAAAUAAACAAGAUUGACGCCUCUUCUUCUUACUAAUUAAACCAGCAAUGCCUGUCUAGCAUCUCUCAUCAUGACAUAAAACUUAUUACAUUAAAAUUACAUCGAAAUAUAGUCAUGAAUCCUCAAAUUCUGUUGGUGAAAUUGAACAAGUGAUUUUGGACACAGCCACAGAAUCAUAACACAAAAGAAGUAACCGGGAGAGUUGCUGUGUGCUUCGCUAACUGCUAAGAGAUCUCAGAUACUAGAGCAGUGUUGCAUUAGACUGUAUAACCGCUCCAUUACUGAAAGGCGUGAUAAAUGAGUCACCUCUCCAUCUGCUCACGUUGCAUAAAAUCUGUAUCCCGGCCGACGACAACUAGCAACAGGCUGGAAAACAAAAAGGCGGUAAAGUGACAUUGUGAGCAUUCUGAGCACUAUUUAAAGCACAUAAAAGACUCCGAUGUCAGGAAAAAGACAAUCAUUCAGUCUUGCGCUCUGUUCUUUCUGUGACAAUGAAACAUGCCGUGCCAAAAUCCGAGAGCUGUGUGUGUGCCCCCUGCAGGCUGUGGAAGCGCCAUCACACUCAGAGGACUUGUCAGGCCGAGAUGCUUGCAAAGUUAUAUCAAGGUCGCGUCGUGUCUGUCGUCGCAACACAAAUCAUUCAUGUGUUUUUUGUUUGUUUUGUUUGUUUUUUUCUACAACUACUCAAGCACAGGGGUCAUGCUAAGUGAUGUCAUGGUGCUACAUGGGUUUGGAUCUGUAAUAAUUUAAAAUGCAUUCAAAUGUUUUACAGCAGUAUUGCAAAUACACAAAACUUCAUGGGUUGGAUAUUAUUGAUAGACAAAGUGUUUGUUUCUAUGAAGGAAUCUCAAAUACAUUUUUACAGAUUAUGGAAUCAUGAUAAAGGAAAAUAUUUUAGGUCUAUGCAAAAUGUAUCAACAAUUUGUCCAUUAUUUAACUGGUUUAAUUUUUCUGUCCUGCCUAAAAUUCCCAUCUAUAAAAAUAUUAAAUGAGACAUUAGAGGAGAGGAGACAUAAUAUGGAAAAACAUUUUUAAAAGGCAAAACCGACUCUGGGCCUCCACAGAUAAUGAAUUGAGGCUUGAGGAGGUAAGGAAAAAUGUAAAAAUGUGUAAAGCGUAAUUGUAUUUGAGAAGCUGUAGUGAUUUGACCCAAUUUCACAAAAAUUUGUACAUAUGUACUUUUUUUUUAUUUCGUGGUUGAGACCCAGCGUUUUAGAUUGGUGGUUUUGAGAUUUUAGAGAGAUAUCAUCCCUAUUGAUUACAUUUUAUUUUGUUAGGUAAUUCAUUCAGUGACUGGACCCUAGACCUCAAUGUAUUACAAGAAAAACAAAAAUCUUAAUACAUUUUAUCUGCACCCCAUCUGCAUUAAAUAUUAUGGGCCUAUGGAAUGUCAUAAUACAGGAGUCUCCAACCUUUUUACUCCGGUGAGUUACCUUUACAAAACAAAAAUGCCAGAGAGCUACUAGUUUUAGCAGUCACAAGAAACUGAGUAAAUAUAAGAACCAGGGCAAGAAUUAGGGAACCGUUAGAUGCCUAUAAAACAUAAACUAUUAUUCAUAGUAGGGCACAAAGUUAGGCAUCAGAAUGAUACAUGCAUAAUGGUAAUAGGCAUUUUAUUAAUCAAAUUAGACUAUUCAGCACAAUAUGUGUAAUUCGGAAAUCCCUUGGUGAGCUACUUGAAAGGGGGUAGCGAGCUACCAGUAGGUCCUGAGCUAUAGGUUGGAGACCCCUGUCGUAAUGUCAUCUGAAACCCAGCAAUAAGUGAUUUACCAUAACAUGUCUCCUUAUAACUGAGUAUGAGAUGAAAAAGUUGCUGUUGUCUUGCCUAUCAAUAAUAUCAUGUCGAAGGUAUACACAGAAACGUUAGUUCAUUCGGCGUACUUAUUGUUUUCCAUUAUGUUCAAAUCUGAGCCCACCACUGUGACGUCCUGGUGGGAGACUGUGGCCAAAAAGAUGAAAAACUCAAAUGUGUAAUUUGUCAUUCAACACAUGCUGGCAAUGACGCUGGGAAACUUUGUCAAACGGUAGCUUUUCCUUUCGCUGUUUUGCUCCUUUGUUUUAAUUUGUUUUUCUGUAUGAUCUCGCCGUAUGCAAUGUGACAACCUUGGGCUUUGUAAAAUGUCGCUCACACUA